ACCAGCGUAUUCGUGUCCUCUUUACCAAGACCGAUUCCCGCAAAACUGUGCAAGGUCAUGCCGCCGAUGUUGCAGGCUGCCAGGCCGGUGGAGGCUGUGACGGCUAUCCGUUCUGGAUCUCGUACAAACUUCUUCUUGAGUUCCUGGAUAAUGGCCCGCAUGAGCACCGACUUUCCGGUACCGGCAGGGCCAGUGAAGAAAACGCUUUGGCCCUUGUCCACAACAAGACUCUUCACAUGGCGCUGCUCG